AGACACAUCACCGCCCCCCUCCUCCUCCUCCUCUGCCCGAAGCUCCACUAUCUUUAGCCCUGCCACGGAUUACACUGCGCACUGCGUGUCCGUGGACAGACGGCGUCCCAGUCUUACCUCCUCCUGAGCUCAUUGCUUCGGCACACUGCGCCGAAGCUCCCUCGCGUCACUAAACAAAACGGAGAGACGACACCGAAGUGAUGGGGGAAUGACAACGGCACCUGUUUUUUGACGCCUCCGGUCCUCCGUCAGCCAGAACACCCCAGGAUGCUGCUGCUCCCCAGCCCGCGGUGCGGACGUCAGCGCCGGGCCUCGUUGCUGCUGCUGGCCGCCUCUCUGCUGGGUCUCGUCCCUGUCAGCGUUAGCCUCCCAGCCCAUGGAAGGUGCCCCCCCCCUUUAGAUUGUGUGGAGCUGAAACGUCAUCAGUGUCAGUCUGGCUCUUCCUGCGGCCCCUGCCUCUCCCCCUUUCAGGAGAAUGAGGACGGAGUGUGUGUGAAAAAGAGGCACCACCAACACGGCAAAGUUACAGUCUCUAACCUGGAUGAAGAGAUCGAUUUCCUUCACUCUGUCAUAGAGAAACAAAAGGCUUCUGAGACUAAAACACCAAAAAUUAAAUCAAAACAUCCUGCUUCCAUCUCCCUACAAACAGAUGAGGACAGCAAGACAAAAGCCUCCAAACAGAGCAACCAGGGCAGACUUUCAAGUAAAGUCCAGAGUAGCAGCACUGCAUCCCCGGGCCCUGCGGACACUACCCUUCCUACCACACCCACCCCCGAGCCCAGGUCCACUGCAGACGAUGCCCGGGCUGGUCCUAUCGCUGUGCCUACACCCAAGAAUGACGGCAUCAUUGUCAUUAUGAUCUCGCUGUGUGUGGUGGCUGGCACUGUGGCAGUGAUCCUGGCUACCAUCUGUUACAUAAAGCUGCAGAGAGAAUCGCAUCUGACUCAGAAGGUGGACUAUCCGGCCUUCAGAGGAGCGGCCGUUCAUCCAGCCCCUGGUAGCGCCUCGGUGGGAGAUAAGACUCUUGCUAAAAGUGCUCAAAUGUAUCACUAUCAACAUCAAAAGCAGCAGAUGCUGUCAUUGGGAAAUCACAAACCAGAACAGAAAGCCGUUGACAGUGAGGUUACAUCUGAUGAAGAAGAAGCGGGGAGUGGUUUCACAGUGUACGAGUGCCCUGGACUUGCCCCAACUGGAGAAAUGGAGGUGAAGAACCCACUGUUUGAUGACUCUGCUCUAAAUGUUCAGGGGAACCAUAAGUGAAAGCGGAACACUUAAAUGUGCACACACAUGACCAUGUACACGUGCAUACAGUGACACAUAGGACAUGUCCAGGGAAUACACCCCUCCAGAUUUUACACUGCAUGCAUCACAACUGAAGAUGAGGGGAUAAAUUGAUUGUUUUCUUGCCCACCUUUAAACACAUCCGCCCCACUAUGGCUUUUUAAUACUGCAAGUGUAUGAUGAGUCUAAUGUUGAUUUAUUUCCAUCACAGUUUUUGGAGCGACUCUGUCUUUUAAUGCUUUUUAAUUUUAAGCCAUGUUAGUACUCGUCAUAGGUGCAAAUCAUGUUUAAUUGUUCGGUUCUAGCCCUGGACUUUCAUUUUGGCCCGUGUCUCCCUACAUUUCUGCAGCUAUUCCCAAAAAUUGUGAUAAACUCUCAAAGGAUUUAUCAAAGUGGCAACCACAUACAGAAUGUGUUAUGUAUCUGAAAGACAAUUUAAUACAGAUCUACAGGACAUGUCUCGUAUCAGGACUCCUUUCUGAUAACCCCAAACACAACACAGCGUUUAAUCAAUUGUUAUCCCUAGUCUUGCGCAUUUAUAUCCUGUCAUGUAAGCUGCUCAUAAAGAUUUUAAGGUGAUAGACUAUAUAUAUAUUGAUAUAGAUGAAAACGAAGUACUCAAUGAUGUGUGUUGCAUGGUUUGACUGGCCUGUGCUUAAAUCAUGGUAAAGAUUUGAUGAAUCAUUCAUCUUGCCGUGUGUAUCCAUCCUGUUGCUACAGGAGGACUAUACAGUAAAAGUGACUUCUGAGCACCAGAGGGACAUUUUGGUGACUAUAAGCUAUAUGGAUGGUCUUUCGGUGGUAUCUGUCAUUAUCCUGUACUCUCCUUCUUUCUUCGCUGUCCUGCUAUUGGUUCAAGGCUAAUCUUGUGCUGCAGAAUGUACAGAAAUAGAGUGAUAGUUUUCACUUUGUAUAGAUAUUUGUACAUGCAGACUAAAGAUUGGAAUUAAAACUUUUUACCACAUGAGGAAAAUAAACCGUGGCCAGUCAUUUUGUUGCUCCACUUAUCUGAGACGUAAAAUAUCUAUUGAACUUUGAUUUGCUUGAUUUACCUUUUAUUUUCUUCUUGAAUAUAUUUGAACGUGAU